UUUCCUCCCAGAAAAAAAUGCUGAGACCAGCAUUGUGUAGCAUAGAGGAUUAAACUGCUACAAGCAAUGCCAGUAUGUCAUGAAGAUGAUCGAUACAGUCUUGAAGACUUUUCUGCACAGAAAUGAGGGAUAUACAAAGAACCAAAUGUAAUUACGGAAUUUGAGAAUCUGUAUUUUGAAAUGAAUUUAUUUUCAGAAUGAGAAGUAUAUCUGAUUACCUUUAUGAAUGUAAAGACAUGAGAAAAGAGUUAUGAUGGCAAAAAACAAAGAGCCUCGUCCCCCAUCCUAUACUAUCAGUGUAGUUGGACUCUCUGGGACUGAAAAAGACAAAGGAAACUGUGGAGUUGGGAAGUCUUGUUUGUGCAAUAGAUUUGUACGCUCAAAGGCAGAUGAAUAUUAUCCAGAGCAUACGUCUGUGCUCAGCACCAUUGACUUUGGAGGACGAGUGGUGAACAAUGAUCACUUUCUGUACUGGGGAGACAUAACACAAAGUGGUGAAGAUGGAGUAGAAUGCAAAAUUCAUGUCAUUGAACAAACAGAGUUCAUUGAUGACCAGACUUUCUUGCCUCAUCGGAGUACGAAUUUGCAACCAUAUAUAAAACGUGCAGCUGCCUCCAAACUGCAGUCAGCAGAAAAACUAAUGUACAUUUGCACUGAUCAGCUAGGCUUGGAGCAAGACUUUGAACAGAAGCAGAUGCCUGAAGGGAAGCUCAACGUAGAUGGAUUUUUGUUGUGCAUUGACGUAAGUCAAGGAUGUAACAGGAAGUUUGAUGAUCAACUUAAAUUUGUGAAUAACCUUUUUGUCCAGCUAUCAAAGUCAAAAAAACCUAUAAUAAUAGCAGCAACUAAAUGUGAUGAAUGCGUGGAUCAUUAUCUUAGAGAAGUUCAGGCAUUUGCUUCAAACAAAAAGAACCUUCUUGUAGUGGAAACAUCAGCCCGAUUUAAUGUCAACGUUGACACAUGCUUCACUGCACUGGUACAAAUGUUGGAUAAAACUCGUGGCAAACCUAAAAUUAUUCCCUAUCUGGAUGCUUACAAAACACAAAGACAGCUUGUUGUUACAGCAACAGAUAAGUUUGAAAAACUUGUACAAACUGUGAGAGAUUAUCAUGCGACUUGGAAAACUGUUAGUAAUAAAUUAAAAAAUCAUCCUGAUUAUGAGGAAUACAUCAACUUGGAGGGAACAAGAAAGGCCAGGAAUACAUUCUCCAAGCAUAUAGAACAACUUAAACAGGAACAUAUAAGAAAAAGGAGAGAAGAAUAUAUAAGUACUUUACCAAGAGCUUUUAAUACUCUUUUGCCAAAUCUAGAAGAAAUUGAACAUUUGAAUUGGUCAGAAGCUUUGAAGAUAAUGGAAAAGAGACCAGAUUUCCAGUUAUGUUUUGUGGUGCUAGAGAAAACACCGUGGGAUGAAACUGACCAUAUUGACAAAAUUAAUGAUAGACGAAUCCCAUUUGACCUCCUGAGCACUUUAGAAGCUGAAAAAGUCUAUCAGAACCAUGUACAACAUCUAAUAUCAGAGAAACGGAGAGUAGAAAUGAAGGAAAAAUUCAAAAAGACUUUAGAAAAAAUUCAGUUCAUUUCACCUGGGCAGCCAUGGGAAGAAGUUAUGUGCUUUGUCAUGGAGGAUGAAGCCUUCAAAUAUAUCACCGAAGCUGAUAGCAAAGAGGUGUAUAGCAGGCAUCAGCGAGAAAUAGUUGAAAAAGCCAAAGAAGAGUUUCAGGAAAUGCUUUUUGAACACUCAGAACUUUUUUAUGAUUUAGAUCUCAAUGCAACACCUAGUUCAGAUAAGAUGAGUGAAAUUCAUACUGUCCUGAGUGAAGAACCUAGAUAUAAAGCUUUACAGAAACUUGCACCUGAUAGGGAAUCCCUUCUGCUUAAGCAUAUAGGGUUUGUUUAUCAUCCCACUAAAGAAACAUGCCUUAGUGGCCAGAAUUGUACGGACAUUAAAGUGGAACAGUUACUUGCCAGUAGUCUUCUGCAGUUGGACCAUGGUCGCUUACGGCUGUAUCACGAUAGUACCAAUAUAGAUAAAGUUAACCUUUUCAUUUUAGGGAAGGAUGGCCUUGCUCAAGAACUAGCAAAUGAGAUAAGAACGCAAUCCACUGAUGAUGAAUAUGCCUUAGAUGGAAAAAUUUAUGAACUUGAUAUUCGGCCAAUUGAUGCCAAAUCGCCUUAUUCUUUGAGUCAGUUAUGGACUGCCGCCUUUAAACCACAUGGGUGCUUUUGUGUAUUUAAUUCCAUUGAGUCACUGAGUUUUAUUGGGGAAUUUAUUGGAAAAAUAAGAACCGAAGCUUCUCAGAUCAGAAAAGAUAAAUAUAUGGCUAAUCUUCCAUUUACGUUAAUUCUGGCCAACCAGAGGGAUUCCAUUAGCAAAAAUCUCCCAAUUCUCAGGCACCAGGGACAACAGCUGGCAAACAAGUUACAGUGUCCUUUUGUAGAUGUACCUACUGGCACAUAUCCUCGUAAAUUUAAUGAAGCCCAGAUCAAGCAAGCUCUAAGAGGAGUAUUGGAAUCAGUUAAACAUAAUUUAGAUGUGGUAAGCCCAGUUCCCACCAAUAAAGAUGUAUCAGAAGCUGAUUUGAGAAUUGUCAUGUGUGCCAUGUGUGGCGAUCCAUUCAGUGUGGAUCUUAUCCUCUCACCCUUCCUUGCUUCUCAUUCAUGCAGUGCUGCUCAAGCUGGACAGAAUAAUUCCUUAAUGCUUGAUAAAAUCAUAGGUGAGAAAAGGAGGCGAAUACAGAUAACGAUAUUAUCAUACCACUCUUCAAUUGGAGUCAGAAAAGAUGAACUGGUUCAUGGGUAUAUAUUAGUGUACUCUGCCAAGAGGAAAGCAUCAAUGGGCAUGCUUCGAGCAUUUCUGUCAGAAGUGCAGGACACCAUUCCUGUGCAACUGGUGGCAGUGACUGACAGCCAAGCAGAUUUUUUUGAAAAUGAAGCUAUUAAGGAGCUAAUGACUGAAGGAGAACACAUUGCAACUGAGAUCACUGCUAAAUUUACAGCACUGUAUUCCUUAUCUCAAUAUCAUCGGCAAACUGAGGUCUUUACUCUGUUUUUCAGUGAUGUUCUAGAGAAAAAAAAUAUGAUAGAAAAUUCCUAUUUGUCCGAUAAUACAAGGGAAUCAACCCAUCAGAGUGAGGAUGUUUUUCUGCCAUCUCCCCGAGACUGUUUUCCAUAUAGCAACUACCCUGAUUCAGACGAUGACACAGAAGCACCACCUCCCUACAGCCCAAUUGGAGAUGAUGUACAGUUGCUUCCAACACCUAGUGACCGUUCCAGAUACAGGUUAGAUUUGGAAGGAAAUGAAUAUCCUAUUCAUAGCACCCCAAACUGUCAUGAUCAUGAACGCAACCAUAAAGUGCCUCCACCUAUUAAACCUAAACCAGUUGUACCUAAGACAAAUGUGAAAAAACUAGAUCCAAAUCUUCUAAAAACAAUUGAAGCUGGUAUUGGUAAAAAUCCAAGGAAACAGACUUGUCGGGUGCCUUUGGCACAUCCGGAAGAUAUGGAUUCUUCAGAUAAUUAUGCGGAACCCAUUGACACUAUUUUCAAGAAGGGCUAUUCUGAUGAUAUUUAUGUUGUCCCAGAUGAUAGUCAGAAUCGAAUUACUAAGAUUCGGAAUUCAUUUGUAAGUAACACCCAAGGAGAUGAAGAAAAUGGAUUUUCUGAUAGGACCUCAAAAAGUCAUGGUGAACGGAGACCUUCAAAAUACAAAUACAAAUCUAAAACUUUAUUUAGUAAAGCUAAAUCAUACUAUAGGAGAACACAUUCAGAUGCAAGUGAUGAUGAGGCUUUUCCAACUUCCAAAAAGAAGGGCAAAGGAAGGCACCGUGGAAGUGAGGAAGAUCCGCUUCUUUCUCCUGUUGAAACUUGGAAAGGUGGUAUUGAUAAUCCUGCAAUCACUUCUGACCAGGAGGUGGAUGAUAAGAAGAUGAAAAAGAAAAUUCACAAAGUAAAAGAAGACAAAAAACAGAAAAAGAAAACUAAGAACUUCAAUCCACCAACACGUAGAAACUGGGAAAGUAAUUACUUUGGGAUGCCCCUCCAGGAUCUGGUUACAGCUGAGAAGCCUAUACCACUAUUUGUUGAAAAGUGUGUGGAAUUUAUUGAAGAUACAGGGUUAUGUACUGAAGGUCUAUACCGUGUCAGUGGGAAUAAAACUGAUCAAGAUAAUAUUCAAAAGCAGUUUGAUCAAGAUCAUAAUAUCAAUCUAGUAUCAAUGGAAGUAACAGUAAAUGCUGUGGCUGGAGCUCUUAAAGCUUUCUUUGCAGAUCUGCCAGAUCCUUUAAUUCCAUAUUCUCUUCAUCCAGAGUUAUUGGAAGCUGCCAAAAUCCUGGAUAAAACAGAGCGUCUUCAUGCACUGAAAGAGAUUGUUAAGAAAUUUCAUCCUGUAAACUACGAUGUAUUCAGAUAUGUGAUAACACAUCUAAACAGGGUUAGUCAGCAAAAUAAAAUCAACCUGAUGACAGCAGACAACUUAUCCAUCUGUUUUUGGCCAACCUUGAUGAGACCAGAUUUUGAAAAUCGAGAAUUUCUGUCUACCACUAAGAUCCAUCAAUCUGUUGUUGAAACGUUUAUUCAACAGUGUCAGUUUUUUUUUUACAAUGGAGAAAUUAUAGAAACUGUGAACACUGUGGCUCCUCCACCAUCUUCAAACCCAGGACAGUUGGUGGAGUCGAUGGUACCUCUUCAAUUACCACCCCCAUUACAACCUCAGCUGAUACAACCACAGUUACAGACGGACCCUCUUGGUAUUAUAUAAGUAGGAAGUGAUUGCAGACAGCUUGAAAUUGAACAAAAGCAAAUCUAGACAUGCAUGUUUCAGGGUUCAGUAGUGUACUUCAUGUUUCAUACAGAUAACUGAUUCAAAAUGAUGGGACAUUUUCUCUUUGAACUGUAUGAUAUUCUUUAUUCAUUCACUUACAUUACAAAAAUCUAAGACCAUGUGAUAAGCAUGACUGGAGAGGUUUAAUUUUUAUAAACAAAAAUAGCUAUAAAAUACAAAGCUGCUGCUGCAUGCAACCUUAUUGCAAUCAGUAUAUCAUUUCUGUGGCAAUUUCUGUCACAUUAUAUUGUGAAUAAAAUUUUUCUAUAGAAAUUAAAUGAUUUAAAAACUCAUAUGAAAACAUUUAAUCCUUUCAGCCUGCUUUAUGGCUGGUUUUGUUAUUUGAUGUGCUAAUUUGGACAACCUAAUUUACAUUCUAGAGUUGUAGAUAACUAAAAGCCCAGUGAAGUAUUUUAUAAUUUCAGGCUACUUAGACAAUGCUUGGGAAGUUAUUUGAAAGAAAGAAGAAAUACGUUUAACAUAUUCCACAUUUCUGCACCUUCAUCUGAAUCAACCUUUGGAUGAUUUGAUGAGGAGUAAAUGAAUCUGUUUCUUUCACACUCAAGAGCAAGCUAUGGCUAAAGUUAGUUGAUAAUGUUGUGCAAAGGAUACUUGCCACCAAGUUGUUUCUUUGUGGUCCAAAAAGAAAUAAACAUUUUGUACACGGUUAAUUCUGUAAACAGAUGCAUGUUCAGAAGAUCUAUGAUGGUCUUGUAAUCUUAAUCUAAUAUAUUUUAGAUAUUUUAAUUUAUUCCCUCUUGGGGAAUACAUUUAGUAUAGUGUAGAAAAUAAUUCAUGACAGUUUCAUAUAAGUUUCUAUAACUUUUCAUACAUAAACAUGAAAUUUGUUGUAGAAAAUUCUUUAAACCAAGCAUUUUAAUCUAGGACUUCAGUUUAAUCUGUUCCUUGAAUCUAUUUUUCUGUGGCCCUUAAAAACAUAUCCAGAAAAAUUCAUUGCUAAUAUAGCAAUAAAAAUACUUUGGGUACUGACAAACUCUUUGGAGUGUGUAUAUAUAUAAAAUCACAAAAUUGUAUGCAUAUUCUUGUGAUGUGUUGUAUUACCAUUUUUUAACUAGCUUUUUCCUUUGUUAUUGGUACCAGAUUUGCUCUAAAUGACCACUACUUUGGGGGUUAAACUUUUUAUUGAUGAAAAUGUGACCAGAAUACUAACAUGAACAGAAUUUUCAGAGUAGAUGGCGCAGAUAAAUUUUGUUAGGCUUCAAUUAUUUUUCUUUUAAAUGUCAAGCCAUGCCAUUUUUUGUUGGAAAGGGAAAUAAUUGGUUUGUUUUCCAUUUAUAGAUUAUAUUUGGAGCACUAAAGACAAAAAUUCUUUGGUUGAUGUUGUAGUCUUCAUUCAUACUGAAGUUUUCAGAUUAUUAUGUGUAUUGUAUAGUAAAUAGAUAAUUUUGAGGUUCAAGGCUCUUAAGAGUUUGAUUUACUCCAUUUUUUCCUAAAAUAUUCUUUCCCAACUGUUAAGUCCUAGGUGUUACACUUCCAUUCUUAACUUGAGAGGCAAGAUGUCGACAUGAACCAGGCUGCUGUUGAAGUACAUGUAUAUUAUAAAUUAUCUUAUUUGUGUUAUACUCUUACAUGUUAUUAUCUUUUCUAAGAAAAUAAAAUCCCUAUUAUUCCUAUUGCAAAGCACACAGGAAUUAAGAAAGUACAGUGAUUUAAAAAAAAAAAACCUGGUAAAGUAGUAUUCUUAACUUGUUCUAUAUUGCUUAAACCUAUUGUCUGUAUAGCUUUAAUUUAUAGCUGUCAGUUUAACAUUGGCAUGUCUGGUAAAGAAAAUUAAACUUUAAGAGUUUUAUAAACUGUUUCUAGGUUGCUAAAGAAUUUAUUUUUCUACUAUAUAUGGUAUAGACAAAGCAUCAAACUAUGUACAGGAAAAAAGCCUGACUAUUUCUGUUGGAAGUAGACUGAAAAGACAAUUUUCAGAAUUGUUCGUGUCUUCAGUUCAUUCUGUCAUAACUUUGCUAUUGUAAUAUGUGAAUCCCAGUUUAUUUAAACUGUUCUCUUUUAUACUGUGUUAAUUUAACAUUCAUAUGCAUUUAUUACCAUUUCUGUUAUUAAAACUAGCAUUUACCAUUUUCCACAUCAACCGCCUUGCACUGUCCUCAAAAUUUAACUCUACUUUCUAUGCAUUUUAUCAGUGAUUUGACUCACUCUAUAGUGAGUCAUCUAAAUAUUCUUAAUUUGGUUCAGUUAACCAGUAGGUUAGUUACUGACAAUUAAAGUACGGCUUAAAGCUCAGUCGGUUAUACCAAAUUGUUUUUCUUUUGUUUUGUUUUUGUUAAGGGAUUAGGCAUGCUUUGAAAUGUUAGGAAAAUUCUGAAAACAGAGUGAUUGUUUUUUCCUGGUUAGUUACUGGAAGAGGAGUGUGUAUGAGACUUCUUAAAAGAUUAAAAGAGUACUAAAUAGUCUCAUAAGUAUGAGUAAAACAUUAAGGCAUAUUUUAUAAUGUUAAAAUUCCAUCCUCACACGUUCCAUUGUUUUCCUUAAGGUCAGUGCUUAAAGGAAUUACAAUAUUGGACUUACAGUGUCUAAAUUAGCAAUAUAAAGAAGCAUAGUACUGAAUUUGUUAGAAAGUAAAAUUCUAUUUAAUACUUGUUAGAAUACACAAUUAUGAGUGAAAUUCCCAGCACCAUGUAAUUUCAUUUGAAAUGGUAUUUGUUAGUAAUUUCCCCGCUGACAUUUACAAUGUAAAUACUGUAGGUAACUGCAAUUUAACUUAGCCAAAAAGCAGCUUUUAUUUUCCAUACUGUAUGUAAAUAAUGUAGACUUUUUUUUAAGGUACUGGAAUCUAAUUUCUAAUAUCUCUUAGAUAUAAACAAAGGGAAUAAUUGGAAAAAGAACUUAGGCCUUAGCUUCCAUGGUGAUUUUUAGUUUUUUAUACAGUAAUAAUUGUGAUGCUAUUUGUCAACUGGAUAUAAAUAUAUAUAUAACUUUAAAAAGUCAAAAGUGCUUUGUUUUCCUUGUUUAUAAUUAAUGUAAUUUUUGUGCUUCACCCACAGGAUGCUGCAGUAAAUAUCAGUGGAGCUUCUAAUGUAUAAAUGUUAUAAAUAAAACAUUAAGAAGCUGUGUAAUUUUAAGUUAAUAGAUGCCUCUGUUUUUACCACUUCAUGGUAAAAAUCAGGGGUUUUUUUCCUCAAGUAAAAUAUUUAAAAUAAAAUUAAAAUUUAUGUUAAUACAAAAGUUCAAUUAAGGAGAUGUAUUUUAUUGAGCUUUCCCUUUACCACAAAAGAAGAGCCAAAUUUUACUCUGGUUGUAUAUAGAUGAAAACUGGAUUCUUUACAAAAAAUGGUGAGUAGAAGUAAGAUAGUGCACAGACUUCUAAGACUCAGGUUUUGUCUGGACCUGAAUUUCGAAGAAUGGUUACACAUUGCUUUAAGCCACUGGAAAUGUUUUUGAGCCUAUCCUACUUACAGCAGAGAUGCUAACAUCAAAGAGCAUAAUACCUUUGUUUUUUCUUCAAUACAUUGUGAAUAUUAAGCCGAACUUUAUGGGUGUAUGUUACCAAGUUAUUUGAUUACCAGUGAGUUCUCUUUGACUUCAAUCUUUGUGUAUCUUGGAUUUAAUUAUUUUUCAUUAAGUUAGCUAAUUCGUAGGGUGAACAGUUUGUUUUGAUGUGUAUGGGACAUGUUUUUUUUUUAAUUUUUAAUUGAACUCUUUAAGUUCCUUCAGCUUUUUCAGUUUAUCAAAGUACUUGAAAAUAAAAUUUUCUAAGAUUUAAUAAAGGAAGGGGAGUAUUUUUUAGAAUCAUAUUCUUAUGACAGCAUCUGUUGUUCUUCAAAGCCUAAACAUUAAUGUCAGUUAUAUCCCAUCAUUUGAUGUGAUGCACAUACCAUGGUAUUUAUGAAGUACUACUUGAACUUUGGGGGAAUGAAUCUUUGCCAUCCUUUUGAACUUCAUGCAUGUUUCCAUAUUUCCCCAUAGAAUAUUGGUUUUAUCUCCAUGUCUGAAGGAAGAUGGUGGGGAAAGCCACUGAAUCUUAUGUUGUUCUUAUCCUAAUUAAGUCCUGUGAUGUUUGCCUAGUUAACUGGUAUCACUAACUAUAUACAAUUAGAAACCUUCAAAUUACUGUUGAUGCAGUUAUAGGUUAGUCAUUUUUAAUAGUUUGUAGACCUGCACUGUAUGCACUUU